AGGGGUAAAUUCGGAACAGUUUACAAAUGCAAAGAGAAGGCAACAGGUCGUGUCCUGGCGGCAAAAUUUAUAAUGACUAGCAGAGCCGAUGACAGGAAAGACGUAGAGAGGGAGGUGGAAAUCAUGAGGAUUUUACAACACCCUCGACUUCUCCAGCUUUACGAUGCUUAUGACGAUGGAAAAAAACAGAUGUGUUUAGUAUUGGAGUUAAUCGAAGGCGGAGAGCUUUUUGAACGUGUAAUUGAUGACGACUUUGUUCUAACGGAGAAAGCAUGCUCCAUCUUUAUGAGACAGAUAUGUGAAGGAGUGGAAUAUAUGCAUUCUCAAAACAUUCUUCAUUUGGAUAUGAAGCCUGAAAAUGUGCUUUGCGUAACGAAGACCGGAAACAGAAUUAAAUUAAUAGAUUUUGGAUUCGCCCGGAAAUAUGAACCAAACAAAAAGAUGCAAGUUUUGUUUGGGACUCCCGAAUUCGUUGCCCCAGAAGUUGUGAACUUCGAGCGAAUUUCUUAUGGAACAGAUAUGUGGAGUGUAGGCGUCAUCUGUUACGUACUCCUAUCAGGAUUAUCACCUUUCAUGGGAGAUAGUGACCUCGAGACCAUGGCAAAUGUCACAAAAGCAGAUUAUGACUUCGAAGACGAAUCGUUUGAGCAAAUAUCAGAUGAAGCCAAAGAUUUCAUUUCAAAACUUCUUCUGAAGGAAAGGAAGGACAGAAUGACAGCCAGCGACUGCCUGAAACAUCAAUGGCUGAGGAAAGAUAAAAAGAAGGAUGAAACACACUUGGAUAAAACGAGAUUGAAGAGGUUUGUGAUUCGUCGAAGAUGGCAUAAAGCUGUAAAUGCGUUUUUGGCCUUGAAGAGAAUGGGAGCGGUCAUUAGCCUGUAACUUAAUCAGGAUUUGGUUGUUUGUAGAUAGAAACACAGUUCAAAAAGAUACUAACUCCAUACACAUACUCACGCUAUCAAGGAAAAACAACUGUUUGUGUAAAGAUGGAUCUUCAGUAGAAUGUUCAGCGGUUGGUGACACCUCAAUAGACAAUUUUUGGCCUUUAACCCAAACAAAAAUGUUAAACCAACUCCCCGAAACUGUUUGUAUUCUCUAUUAUUAUCUGUAAACUUAUAAACAAUGCAUAUGAUCCAGCGUACUAAGCGUAUUUCCGUCCUCAUUGUUUACGUUAACUAUUUUAAAAUGUAUCUUGUACGUUAUAUUGAGUAAAUUUCGAAGUAUAUUUUUACGAACACCGUAUUCUAAUAUUCUGGUAAUAAUUCUAUCUAGAGCGUAAUUUUAUUUUUACUAAUAAGUUAAUAUACGAACACCGUAUUCUAAUAUUCUGGUCAUAAUUCUAUCUUGAGCGUAAUUUUAUUUUCACUAAUAAGUUAAUAUACGAACACCGUAUUCUAAUAUUCUGGUAAUAAUUCUAUCUAGAGCGUAUUCUUAUUUUUACUAAUUGGUUAAUAUACGAACACCGUAUUCUAAUAUUCUGGUAAUAAUUCUAUCUAGAGCGUAAUUUUAUUUUUGAAGAGAACGUAGACAAUACAUUAUAUCAUUGCUUAGCCAACUAGCUACAGCCUAUUCGCAACUAAUGAAAUAUACACGACGUUAUGUUUAAUCUGUAAAAACAAAACAGCGUUCAUUAUAUUACUUCAAGCGUCUUCUAUGUUCCCCAUUAUCAAAUAAUUACUUUUUUGAGCUUUGGGAUAGUUUGUAAAACUGCAAUACUAACUAACUGGGGAAAUGAUUUUCACUCAAAAACAUAGAUUAGAGCAAGAUUUUACAUCAUUUUCAUCUUUUUUUUUGUACAUUUUCAAGCAUGUAAAUGAGUUUAACCACGGUUGUAUUUAUCUUUUAUUGUAUUUCUAUGUAUGCUUGAUGGAACAUUCACAGGUUAUUUGGAACAUGCAUGAACCGCAUGUUUGUGAUAUCGUUUUAAUCGAAGGAUGACUUUAAUAGUAAAUAAACGUUUAAUUUUAAUCAGUCUUCAGCUUGCGUUUCUUUCAAAUUUCAACGACUUUACAGUAAGAAAGAAUUUAAAUGUUGACUUUUCUUUUCUUCCUAUCGACUUUUUUUUAAAAAAGUACAAGUAAUUAUUUUCCCAAAAAAUCGAUCGUUUACUUCACGUGUUUUAAAAGACACUCCCUUAGUCUUUUUUUUUUAGAAGUUAGCUAAUUAAGCAGUGUGCAUUCACGUGUGUUUUCUGCUUGAUAUAGACAUCAGGCCGUAUUUUUUUUUUUAAAUACGAAAUUGGACAUGAGAAAAGAAGCCCUGCAAUAUACGUAAAGAGAUAACCCUCGAAUGAGAUUUCAUUUGUUGCAGUUGUCAAUUUUUGUUGUUCAUUUGUUGCAGUUGUCAAUUUUUGUUGUUCAUUUGUUGUUCCUGUUCUCCAUGCAUUCACUUGUAUAAAUUGUUACCAAGAAAGCUUUGUACUGAAUGAAAAUAAA